CGGCGGCGAUGAACAGGACGGGCCGGGCGGACGGGAGCGCCGGGGAAGCGCUGCCGGCCGGGGCUCGCCCGCUGGUCAGCGCGCUCAUGUUCUCGGCCGGGCUCCUGGGCAACCUGCUGGCGCUGGGGCUGCUGCUGCGCGGCCGCCGCGGGGCCCGGCAGCGCCCGCCCGCGCUGUUCCACGUCCUGGUGCUGGCGCUGGUGGUCACCGACCUGCUGGGCACCUGCUCCGUCAGCCCCUUGGUGCUGGCUUCCUACCACCAAAACCUCACCCUGACCAGCCUGGCCCGCGGAGGGCACCUCUGCCUCUACUUCGGCUUCGCCAUGAGCUUCUUCGGCCUCGCCACCAUGCUCAUCCUCUUCACCAUGGCGCUGGAGCGCUGCCUGGCCCUGGGGCGACCCUACUUCUACGAGCGCUUCCUGAGCCCCCGCACGGGCUUGGUGGCCCUGCCGGCCAUCUACGCCUUCUCGGCCGCCUUGUGCUCGCUGCCGCUGCUGGGCUUCGGGCGCUACGUGCAGUACUGCCCCGGCACCUGGUGCUUCAUCCAGAUGCACCUGGAGCCGCACCGCGGCCACGGGCUGGACGUCACCUUCUCGCUGCUCUACGCCACGCUGCUCCUCUUCCUCAUCGUGGCCGUGCUGCUGUGCAACCUGAGCGUGAUGGCGAACCUGGCCCGCAUGCACCGCCGCGGGCAGAGGAGCCGCAGGCUGGCCGCCCCCGAGCAGCCCCGCGGCGCCACGGGCUGCGGCCGCCGCAUGUUCUCCAUGGCCGAGGAGAUCGACCACCUCCUGCUGCUCUCCAUCAUGACCAUCACCUUCGUCAUCUGCUCCCUGCCCUUCACGAUCCGUGCCUACGUGAACAAGUUCAGCCAGGCAGAGGAUGACCACGGGUGGGACCUGCUGGCCCUGCGUUUCCUGUCCAUCAACCCCAUCGUGGAUCCCUGGGUGUUUGCCAUCCUGCGGCCGCCCGUGCUGCGCCUCAUGCGCUCCGUGCUCUGCUGCCAGGUCACCCCCACGGCCCCGGACAGCCAGGCCGUGUCCUCUGCUGUGACAAAGCUGCCAGCACGGCCACACCUCUGUGGGCAGUAG